CUACAUGAAAAGUUCUUCGAAAUAAGAGGUGUCGAGAAUAUUUUAUUUUAUCAAAUAAUCAAUGAAAACGUAGAAAUAAAUAAAAGUUCCCGCAACGCUGAAAAAACAAACGUUGCAAAUAUUUAGGGACGGAGGGAGUAUUAAAGAUGGGUUGGUAGCUUUUUUUCCAAAUCAAAAUAUGAGGUGGAAAUUCACCCGACCCUUAAGGAUAAGGCCGCACAAUAAGCAAUCUUCUGUAAUCUAAAUUUCUCAUCGUCUCUCCCCUCAAUUCUCCCUUGGUUCCCAACAAUGGCCGCCGCCAUAGCCACAACUUCCAUGCUCGCUGUCAAGCCCAGCAUACCCAUCAAAUCAUCAUCACCCGUCAUUACCCACUUAAAGCCCAAACCCAUCUCACUUCUCUCCCAGCAAAUCCUCCCGCCCAAAUUCCUCUCCGCCGCCGUUCCCUCCUCCCUCGCCGCAGCCGGGGCCUUCUUCGCCGCCCUGGCCUCCGCAGAUCCGGCGAUCGCAGCGCACCAGAUAUCGGAAAUCGCCGACGCCGCGGCCACCGACGACAACCGCGGGCUGAUCCUAUUGCUGCCCAUCGUCCCAGCAAUAGCCUGGGUGCUCUUCAACAUCCUCCAGCCGGCGCUGAACCAGCUGAACCGGAUGAGAAGCAGCAGCAAGGGCGUCAUCAUCGGGCUCGGUCUGGGCGGGCUGUCGGCGGCAGCCCAGCUCCUCCACCCGUACGCCGCCUCGGCGGCUUCCGCUGACCUGACUGGAGCGGCGGCGGAGGAAAACAGAGCUCUGCUGUUGCUGGUGGUGGUGGCGCCGGCCCUUCUCUGGGUGGCUUACAACAUUCUCCAGCCAGCUCUGAACCAGAUCAACAGGAUGAGAUCUGGAUGAAUAAUGUUUAAUUAUAUAAUUUUACUAAUUGCAUUUACUUCUGCAAUAUUUUGAACUGUUGUAUGUGUUAAAUGUAUUUAAAACCUCUUUUUCCUAUUUUGAGACCCAACAGGAACAGCUUAAUCUUCCAAAG